AUGUGUCGUUGGUUCGCAUACAUUUCGCCAACCGAGCCUUGUCUCCUGUCCGAUGUCCUCAUUACCCCUAAGCAUUCUCUCACCAACCAAGUCAACGACCACUACCUGCCUGGCCUCAUCGCCCACCUGCCCAACAAGAUCACCGCCGAACACGAAGCCAAUGCCCGCAACCGCGUCCUCAACGCCGACGGUCUAGGUGUAGCCUGGUACACUUCCUCCUACAGCGACUUUGAAAAAGGUGCCACUGGCGAGAGCGAAGAUGGCAAGCCCCACGAAGGUCUCAGACCCGCCGUCUACAAGACCAUACAGCCUCCCAAGGGCGACAUGAACUACCGUUCCAUCUGUGCCAAUACCGAGACUCGCUGUGUCUUUGCCCACAUCCGUGCCACGUCCGAGAGUGCCGUUACUCAAGUCAACAACCAUCCCUUCAUAUUUGGAAAAUUCACUUUCAUGCACAAUGGUGCAAUUUCAGAUUUCACCGCCAUCAGACGUGCCAUUUGCGAUAUGCUGGAUCACGACACCUACGCCAACAUUCAAGGUAGCACCGAUAGUGAGCACAUUGGCGCCCUUUUCAUGCACUUCCUGUCUUCAGGCAAAGGUGCAGACACUUGGGAUGAGGACUACUCGGCUCAGGCAAUAGCACAUGCUCUUCACACAGCUAUCAAGACUGUCUGCAACCUGCAAAAGAAGAUCCUUGGACCCAAGAGGAGGCCCAACAGCUUGAACCUCGCAGCUACCGACGGCACUCAGAUGGUCGCAUGUCGCUUCCGAAACCACAAAGAAGAGCAACCUCCAAGCUUGUACUUCUCAACCAGAGCCGGCACCACGCUGAAUCGCAAGUACCCUGACCAUCCCGAUGGAUGUGACAGAUCCGAUGUGGGUCCAAGAAAGGAUGAGCAAGAGCACGGUAAACACGUCAUUGUCGCUAGUGAGCCCAGCACCUACAUAGAAGAGGACUGGAACAUCAUCAACAAGAAUCAAUACCUCAUCGUCCACAAGGAUGGCAGGUUUACACUGCAAAACAUGCUCUACUCCGAGUCAUGGAAUGCCGACGAUGAAGAGGCUUACAAGGCGAUUGCGGCUGAGGCUGAGAAUCAGAAGACAACUACUGCUGAGAUGGAAGGUCUGAAGGCUGACAUUACUGAAGCAGAGGGUCAGAAAGCUAGCAAGGCUGAGUCGGAAGGUCAUUAG